AUGCAGAGCCUCCUCUUGCCGGCGCCGGCGUCGAGCUCCGGCACGUUCCCGGUGCCGUCGGGUCCCGCCUCAUCGCCGUACCUCCGUCGCCUCGCUGCCAGAGAGCCGCCAUUGCUCGUCGGCCACCGUCCUUAUCUUUCCUCUCCGAAUUCUCUCUCCGCCGCUGGACCGGCUCACGGAUCGAACGUCUUUCCCUUGACAUCCCUUUCGCCUCGCGAUGCUCUCGGCUGCAGACAAUCGAAGCUGUUCUCCACCUCGGUGGCCUCCUCUCCGGUUUCUCCUGCCUCCACUUCUCCGAACGACGAUGCUGAGAAGGCGAAACUUGCCCAGGUAGCCAAAAGACUAGAGAAUACCUCAAGGUAUUUCCGGAGGUUGGGGAAUUUAGGGUUUUGGGGACAGCUAGUGUGCACUGUUGUGGCUGCGGUUAUUCUUUCCUUUUCCGUGGUUAUAACUGGGAAGGUCACAUCGCCGGCCACUUUUUACGCCACUGCUGGCGGGAUAGCGGCAGCUUUCAUUUCCGUCUUCUGGUCAUUUGGAUAUAUUCGGCUAUCUGAGAAGCUUCGGAAAACUGCUAAUGAUCCCUCGAAGGCCCCUCCUCGAGCAGAUGUAGUCAAAAGUUUGAAGAAUGGCAUCAUGUUGAACCUGUUAGGGAUGGGUGCUGCUAUUCUUGGUAUGCAAGCAACUGUUGGGUUGUUGGUAGCAAAGGCUCUCACUUCCUCAGCGAACCCAUAUUACCAGGGGAUUUCCCCUGGUUAUAGUCCUGUUCUUGCGUUGGAUGUUUUCCUUGUGCAGGCCUCAGCAAACACAAUCCUUUCUCAUUUCCUGGGCCUUGUUUUCUCAUUGGAGCUGUUACGCUCGGUAACAUUGCCACAGACAGAAGCCAUUCCUGUGCCCCGUCUUGCUUAAAAUCUGUGUUUCUGUGGCAAUAAUUGUAUCCGUAGAUUCAGAUAAUAAUGAGAAUUUCGGAGCGACAGAAGGCGGAGUUCAAUAUCGACAAAGUCUUGUGAAUCCCAUGGGUCCGGCGGUUACCUCUCUUUCUUGUAUACAAUCCAUUGCAAGGUUUGGGUAAUUGAGAACCAUCACUUUAGGGAGAUAGCGUCUUUCUGGAUAGCGUGCUUUGCAGGAAUGUUCAUCAGUUGUCUAAACUCUAAAGAGGAGAAUUCUCCUGUUGUGUUUGCCGAUGUCUUCUUAACAGUGAAUGCAAUCUCCACUUUUGAGAGUUGUAGACUAUAACUACCAUCGGUAAAGUUAAUCUGUUUUUUGAGUUAAA